AUGGCUGUUGCGCAGGGUCUCAUUGAUGAUGUUUUAGACGUGCUCGAGAAAACAUUACUGGUUGUUGUGAAACGAUUUGCCAAUGAACUUGAUAAACGAGUGGGAAAAUUGAAUAUAAUUUCACUACUUCGACAACUGCUACUGUUAUUGAGUACGAUGGAAAGUAUCUCGAUUACAUUGGUAUUUGUCGAUGUGGUAUUCUCAAGUCAUCCUCAAGGGGGGGAACCUUUGCCAGUUGGGAGAAUCUUCAAGCGAAAAUAG